AUGGCAUGCGGACAGAUUAAGAUAUCAUCAAAUGAGCAUCAAUCAGUAGGGACUAUCUGUAGGGUGGCCCAGCAGGAGUGGCGAGCCAAGAUUUGUGCCGUGCUCAUCCUCACCUCGUCCUCAUGGGCAGAGAAGGAUAAGAAGCAGGAGAAGAGAGGUAUCUUGAGUGGACUCCACGGUGUGGGUGGCGGCCUAAGCUACGGCAGCCUAGGUUCCGGCAGUUAUGGAUAUGGAGGCUUGAGUUCUGGUAGCUACGGACUGGGUGGUGGUUACGGAAGUGGAUUAGCCCUUGGUGGACUCUCGGGAGGAUAUUCUGGCCUUGGGUCAGGUAUCGGGCUCGGCUCUGGCUUAGGUGUCUCUACCGGCACAGUCACCGUCAACACCGUCAGUCAAGCUGUCCCUGUCCCGCAACCCGUCCCGGUCCCGGUCACUGUCAACCGGCCUUAUCCCGUGCCCGUCCCUCAGGCGGUUCCUGUCUCCGUUCCUAAGCCGUACCCCGUUCCCGUCCCUCAGCCCUAUCCUGUCACUGUCAACAGGCCCUAUCCUGUCGCGGUUCCUAGACCUGUACCCGUGUCCGUGCCUCACCCCGUUCCUGUUUCCGUUCCCCAACCCGUCCCGGUCUCGGUUCCCCAACCCUACACCGUGACCGUAGCUCGUCCCGUUCCUGUACCUGUCCCUCAACCUAUCGUCGUGCCUCAACCCGUAGCUGUUUCAGCUGGCUUAUCCAUCAAUAGCAUCGGUAUUGGAUCCGGCCUCGGAGGUGCUGGAGGAUAUGGUGGUGGAUUGGGAGGAAGCUACGGUGGAUCACUUGGUGGUCUUGGGAGCCUCGGAAGCAUCGGAUCUUAUGGAGGAAGCAUUGGAUCCUACGGUGGCCACGGAGGAUCCUACGGUGGACAAGGUGGAUCUUACAGUGGAUCCUACGGUGGACAAGGUGGAUCUUACGGUGGAUCCUACGGUGGACAAGGUGGAUCCUACGGUGGACACGGUGGAUCAUAUGGUGGGUCAUAUGGUACGUCAUAUGGCGGAUCAUACGGUGGCAGUGUGGGAUCUUACGGGGGUGGCUACGGAGACGCCACUCUGUCGCUAGGCGGUCAUUCUCUGGGCAACAUUGGAUCCUCCUACGGAAGUUCGACAGGAAGUAAUUACGGCGGUUAUGCGUCCAAGGGAUGGAAUUAAACUCCAAAGAUCCAAGACGUGCCAACUGUGAAGUUACCAAAUCUUGUCAUAUCGAGUCAUCUUUCAUCACCCUUCACCGCUCAUUUCACUUGUGAUACCUGUUCAUAGAUUUAAGUUAAUAAACGUUUUUGUAUAAAAU